AAGAGCUGGCGGUCGGUGGUGGCGGUCGGUGGUGGCGGCGGCGGGCCAUGGCGGAGGUGGAGGCCGGCGGCGACGAGGGCCGCUGCGUGCGGCUGAAUGCCGAGCGGGCCCAGGAGCUGCUGGCCGACGUGGACACGGUGCUUUUCGACUGCGACGGCGUGCUGUGGCGCGGUGAGACGGCGAUCUCCGGCGCGCCCGAGACCCUGACGGCGCUGCGGGCCCGCGGCAAGCGCCUCGGCUUCAUCACCAACAACAGCAGCAAGACCCGCGAGGCCUACGCCGAGAAGCUACGGCGCCUGGGCUUCGGCGGCCCGACGGGGCCCGGCGCCGGCAGUGAGGUCUUCGGCACGGCCUACUGCACCGCGCUCUACCUGCGCCAGCGCCUGACCGGUCCGCCGGCCCCCAAGGCCUACGUGCUGGGCAGCGUGGCCCUGGCCGCCGAGCUGGAGGCCGUGGGCGUCUCCUGCGUGGGCGUGGGGCCCGAGCCGCUGCAGGGCGACGGCCCCAGCGCCUGGCUGGAUGAGCCCCUGGAGCCUGAUGUGCGCGCCGUCGUGGUGGGCUUCGACCCGCACUUCAGCUACAUGAAGCUCACGAAGGCCGUGCGCUACCUGCAGCAGCCCGGCUGCCUGCUCGUGGGCACCAACAUGGACAACCGGCUCCCACUCGAGAACGGCCGCUUCAUCGCGGGUACCGGCUGUCUGGUCCGAGCCGUGGAGAUGGCCGCGCAGCGCCAAGCCGACGUCAUAGGGAAGCCCAGCCGCUUCAUCUUCGACUGCGUGUCCCAGGAAUAUGGCAUCAACCCGGAGCGUACCAUCAUGGUGGGUGAUCGCCUGGACACAGACAUCCUCCUGGGCGUCACUUGUGGUCUGAAGACCAUCCUGACCCUCACUGGGGUCUCCACUCUGCGGGAUGUGAAGAGUAAUCAGGAAAGUGACUGCCUGUCGAAGAAGAAAAUGGUCCCUGACUUCUAUGUUGACAGCAUAGCCGACCUUUUGCCUGCCCUUCAAGGUUAAAGAUUUAGUGUCUUUAAUCUCCAGAAUAAAAAAAAUUGAAAAUCACCCAAAUUAAUAGGUGGGGCUUAAGCAUCACUCA